GUCCCUGUGCGCCCUUUGUCAUCCCUCCAAGAACGCAAGCUGGUUGAAUACCUGGAAGAGCAGUUCCUCGACAUCACUCGAAACUACAAGAAACGAUCAGACCCAUCGUCCUCGCUCCCCACGCUCGCAGCCUACCUCGAAGCCACCCACCGCCUCCUCUCGCUCAUCCUCCAAAUCCCCCCGGUCGACCCCUCGACCCCGCUCCGGACCACCCUCCUCCUCCGCCUCACGAGCGAGGUCCUGCAGUCCAUCCCCGGCUACGCCCCCGACCCCAACACGCUCCCCGCGCUCCUCGCCUGGCUGCGCGACCUCGACGCCGGCUGGCUCGCCACCCUCCGCGCGGACGCGUGGGACUCGAACGCGUCCGCCGCGCGGCCCGCGCGCAUCUCUUCGCCGCCCCCGCCCGACGCCGGCGGUGAGGACGCGCUGGACGAGCGCCGGCGCGAGGCGCGGGUGACGCGGCCGAGCCAGACGGAGCGGACGCGGCUGCGGAGCGCGCUGCUCGCCGGCACGGAUGCGCUCGAGGAGUGGCUCGAG